CUCCGUGUGUUCUGUUCCCCGUGCCGGCGGCAGAAGAGGACAAAGGCGCAGGAGAGACCUGGAGGAAGAGGACGAAGACAGCAGUCCUGGCGUGUCCUUCUCGCUCUCUUCAGAGGAGUCGGAGAUGGAGCCUGAGGAGGAGCGGAUCCGUUACAGCCAAAGACUGCGUGGCACCAUGAGGCGGCGUUACGAGGACGAUGGCAUCUCCGACGACGAAAUCGAAGGGAAGAGGACGUUUGACCUCGAGGAAAAACUGUCCACCAACAAGUUCAACUCCACCUUCGUGGUGUUCAUGGAAGGCAAAGAUUUCACAGUUGAGUACAUCCAGCGGGGUGGCCUGAGGGACCCUCUCAUCUUCAGGAGCUCGGACGGCCUGGGGAUAAAGAUGCCGGAUCCGGACUUCAGCGUGAACGAUGUGCGGCUGUGUGUCGGGAGCCGGCGGAUGGUGGAUGUGAUGGACGUGAACACGCAGCGGGACAUCGAGAUGUCCAUGGCGCAGUGGGCGCGGUACUACGAGACGCCGGAGGAGGAGAGGGAGAAGCUCUACAACGUCAUCAGCCUGGAGUUCAGCCACACCAAACUGGAGAACCUGGUGCAGAGACCUGCCACGGUGGAUUUGAUUGACUGGGUUGAUAAUAUGUGGCCCAGACACCUGAAGGAGAGUCAGACAGAGUCUACAAAUGCUAUCCUGGAGAUGCAGUAUCCCAAGGUGCAGAAGUACUGUCUGAUGAGUGUCAAGGGCUGCUACACAGAUUUCCAUGUGGACUUUGGUGGCACUUCUGUGUGGUACCACAUCCACCGAGGGGGAAAGAUCUUCUGGCUGAUCCCUCCUACACCCCAGAACCUGGAGCUCUAUGAAAACUGGCUUCUCUCAGGGAAGCAGGGAGACAUUUUCCUUGGGGACAGAGUGUCAGAGUGCCAGCGCAUCGAGCUCAAGCAGGGCUACACCUUUGUCAUCCCCUCAGGUUGGAUCCAUGCUGUGUACACCCCCAUGGACACGCUGGUUUUUGGGGGCAACUUCUUACACAGCUUCAACAUCCCUAUGCAGCUUCGGAUCUACAGCAUUGAAGACCGCACGCGGGUCCCAAAUAAGUUUCGUUACCCCUUCUAUUACGAGAUGUGUUGGUACGUGCUGGAGCGUUACGUGUACUGCAUCACCAGCCGCUCACACCUCACCAAGGACUUCCAGAAGGAAUCGCUCAGUAUGGACAUGGAGCUGAGCUCCUCGGACUCGGUGAACAUGGAAGAGGAGGAGGAGGAGGACGAGGAGGAGGACGCAGCAGGGAAGGAGCCCAGGCGGCCGGUCACAAGGAGGUCCAUCCUCACCAGCCCCAUCGCCAACGGUGCCAGUGUGGACUAUGACGAACUGGGCAGGAGCUGCCGGAGCAGCCUGCCGGGUCUGAAGAAGACCCCAUCCAUAGACUCUUCCGACUCCAGCCGGGGCUCCCAGAACGGCCAGGCCUGGGAGCCCAGCGGGGGCAGCCCGCGCAAGAACAGGAAGGUGCACCUGACCCAGUUCGAGCUGGAGGGGCUGCGCUGCCUCGUGGACAAGCUGGAGUCGCUCCCUCUGCACAAGAAGUGUGUUCCCACCGGCAUCGAGGACGAGGAUGCCCUCAUCGCUGACGUCAAGCUGCUGUUGGAAGAAUACGCAAACAGCGACCCAAAACUGGCACUUACAGGCGUCCCCAUCGUCCAGUGGCCCAAGAGAGAUAAGUCUAAGCUCCAGGCCCGGCUGCGGGUGCGCCUGCCCACCAUCCCCAUCACCAAGCCGCACACCAUGAAGCCGACCCCGCGCCCGACGCCCGUCAGGCCCACGGUGUCCCCCAUCGUGUCGGGCGCCAGGCGGCGGCGGGUGCGGUGCCGAAAAUGCAAGGCUUGCAUGCAGGGCGAGUGUGGCAUGUGCCACUACUGCAGGGACAUGAAGAAGUUCGGCGGGCCCGGCCGCAUGAAGCAGUCCUGCGUCCUCCGGCAGUGCUUAGCGCCCAGGCUGCCUCACUCGGUCACGUGUGCACUUUGUGGUGAGGUGGAUCAGAACGAGGAUUCACAGGACUUUGAGAAGAAGCUCAUGGAGUGCUGUAUCUGCAAUGAGAUUGUUCACCCUGGCUGUCUGCAGAUGGAUGGGGAGGGGCUGCUCAACGAUGAGCUUCCCAACUGCUGGGAGUGCCCCAAAUGCUACCAGGGUGACGACACAGAGAAGGGCCAGAAGCGGAAGGUGGAGGAGAGCGACGACGACACGGCACAAGCCAAGGUGCUGCGGCCCCUGCGGAGCUGCGAGGAGCCCCUGACUCCCCCGCCCAACUCUCCCACCCCGAUGCUGCAGCUGAUCCACGACCCGGCGUCCCCGCGGGGCGUGGUGACGCGCUCGUCCCCCGGCGCCGGCCCCAGCGACCACCACAGCGCCAGCCGGGACGAGCGCUUCAAGCGGCGGCAGCUGCUGCGGCUGCAGGCCACGGAGAGAACCAUGGUGCGGGAGAAGGAGAACAACCCCAGCGGCAAGAAGGAGCUGUCGGAGGUGGAGAAGGCCAAGCUGCACGGCUCCUACCUCACCGUGACGCUCCAGCGCCCCACCAAAGACGUCCACGGCACCUCGAUCGUCCCCAAGCUCCAAGCCAUCACGGCCUCCUCCGCCAACCUGCAGCACUCGCCCCGCGUGGUCGUGCGCCACGCGCCCGCCAGGAUGCCCCUGCGGAGCGGGGGCGAGGAGGAGGCGGCCGGCGAGGAGGAGGACGAGGAAGAGGAGGAGGAGGACGAGAACGCGGAGGAGGGGGGGGCGGCCCGGCUGAACGGCCGUGGGGGCCGAGCGCAGGAGGACGAGGAGAGCUGCAUGCAGAGAGAGGUCUGGAUGUCCGUCUUCCGCUACCUCACCCGCAGGGAGCUCUGCGAGUGCAUGCGGGUGUGCAAGACCUGGUACAAGUGGUGCUGUGACAAGAGAUUGUGGACAAAGAUAGACUUGAGCAGGUGCAAGUCCAUCACCCCCCAGGCGCUGAGCGGCAUCAUCAAAAGGCAGCCGGUCAGCCUCGACCUCAGCUGGACCAACAUCUCCAAAAAACAGCUUACGUGGCUCGUCAACAGGCUGCCAGGCCUGAAAGACCUCAUCCUAGCGGGCUGUUCCUGGUCUGCGGUCUGUGCUCUCAGUACCUCCAGCUGCCCCCUUCUCAGGACCCUCGAUCUUCGGUGGGCAGUAGGAAUCAAGGACCCUCAGAUCCGGGACUUACUCACGCCUCCAACAGACAAACCCAGUCAGGACAAUCGCAGCAAACUCCGCAACAUGAUCGACUUCCGGCUCGCCGGCCUGGACAUCACCGACGCCACGCUGCGCCUGAUCAUCCGCCAUAUGCCCCUGCUGUCCCGCCUCGACCUCAGCCACUGCAACCACCUCACGGACCAGUCGGCCAACCUCCUCACCGCCGUGGGCUCCUCCACACGCAACUCCCUCACCGAGCUCAACAUGGCAGGCUGCAAUAAGCUGACGGACCAGGCCUUGCUGUACCUGCGCCGCAUCUCCAACGUCACCCUAAUCGACCUGCGAGGUUGCAAACAGAUCACCCGCAAAGCCUGUGAGCACUUCAUCUCGGACCUGUCCAUCAACAGCCUCUACUGCCUGUCCGAUGAGAAGCUGAUCCAAAAAAUCAGCUAGAGACCCUCCCCGGGGCAGACUGAGGAGAAGGAAAAGAGCCCAUCCCACCCCUCUCGGAGAACCGCUCCACCUCCCCACCUUGCCCUCCGUGUCCUGCCGCUGCCUCCCACCUGACUUGGCAGGCAGGGCCGCUGCUCCACUGUCCUUCCUCCUCCUCCUUCCCCGGGACUUCUGCCGAGGAAGAUGUCCCGCCAGGCUGGCCAGUACCAGAGGAGGAACGGGCACAUGGCAGGGAGCCUCAGCCCGGAGGCUGGCCGCUCUUGGGGUGGAGCCUGUAACAGAGGUCUCUGUGCAGAGAAAUGGGGCACCCUCUUCCCCCAGCUUUUCCCCUUCCUCCCCGUCGUCUCCUUGCCUUGAAACACUUGUCACUUCCCCGGUAGCACAAAGCUUAAGGGUCAAGGUCUCUCCAAGGAAGCGGGAGCAGAGCCAGAACACCCCACACCCCUCUGUGCCACCGCCAGCUCGGUGCUUGCCCAGCGCUCUCACGCCCUUUCUCUUGCCCUCCUCCGGCUGCAGGGACUGCGAUACAUCCCCCUCCCGCCGCUCCCACACACCCGGGCGGCUCUCUGGGGCCGAGGGCAGGAGCCUGUGGCCGGGGUGUCAGCAGGAGCAGGGGCUUUGAGAGCCCGGGGAGGCGAGGCUGGGGGAUAACUCGCUUCCACUCUGGGACAGCAUCCGCCUUCCCCGAGCGCCGUCUGUCCAAGGGGAUGGAGCAGGGGAGAACCCACAGGUACACCAGAGCUCAGGGAGGACUCGGGAAGCAUCAGCCAGGGGUGAGGGAGCACAUGGGGGGACAGGAGCUGCCUCCUCUUCCUCCCAGCUCCCGGCACCGUGAAGCACUCUGGGGCCAGAGGGGUGAGGGCUUUUCCAUGGCCUGGGACCGAACUGGCACGGCCACCCCCCUGCAUCGUCCUCUCCUUCCCCCACCCCCUUUUCGCUGCCGAUUUUCCUUUGCAAUGAAUGGUUGGUCCAAAGAACCUCUCUCUAGGGCAGCAGAGAGCUUUUUGCACUUUAAAAAAAACAACAAAAAAACAACAAAAAAAGAAAACAAAACAAAAAAAAAAGACAACAAAAAAAAAAAAGGAAAGAAAAAAAAAAGAAAGGAAAAAAGUUGGAAUCUUCUUUUUCUGGGUCACUAUUUUAUUUCCCUCCCUGUCCUGCCUGUGCCCGGACGCUCCCCAACUCUCUCCCCCCAGCCCGUGUCAGCACCCCGCUCUCUCCCUGGCAGCGUACAGAUAGCACAAUCCGGGGUGUCCCCUCUGUGCCACCUGUCCCCAGCCCCGCAGGGAGGUCCUCCCGAGGGCAGCCCCCCCACACUGCUUCAGAAGCAAUAAGAGAGGAGAGAUGGCCGCCCACCCCCUUCCCGGGUGUGGGGACUGUCCCUGGCUGCCACAGGGGGAUCGGAGGGGACAAUCCCACAGUGCCUGGGACAAGGGAUGGUGUGGCCUCACUGCCGGAGGGCUCGGAGCAGGAAAUCCCCCCUGGGUGAGAGGAAGAGCCUUCGGCCUCGGCCUCUCUUGGCGGUGGCUCCCAGGGAAGACGUUGGAAGAAUUAAAUGCUUUUCUUUUUCCUUUGGAUUAAUUUUUGAGUUUUGCAACAAGAAAGAAAACUUAAAAAGAGCUGGGGGUGGGUGUGGCUGGAGGGGCCAGGGGCUCCCUCCCUCUGGGGGUCCCUCCUCCAUGGGGACAGCACCCCCUUCCCGCUGUGCCCCGCAGAGGUGCCGGCGUGCAACCCUCCUCACCACCCCGGCGUGGUGCAAAUCCACAAGGAAGAAAAAAAGAGAAUUAUAUAUAAUAAAAUCACUUAGUGAUUUAAAACCAACCCAGCCUGCUCCCUAAAGACAACUCCUGCAAGCAAAGUUAACUUGUUUAAGGGUUUGGUUGUGGUUUUUGUUUCGUUUUGAUCCCCCCUUCCCUCCCUUCCCCUCCCCGGAGAAAUAUUGUAAAUAUCUAUUUUUUUGUUGGCGAUUUAGAGUCCAUCUCUGAUGUUUGUGCUUUAAAAUUAAAUGUAAGCAUUAAGGGUAAAAGCAAACCAAGUCUUGCGCUCUCUCAGUUGGGGUUGGGGUUCUUGGCUGGGGCAGAGGGAGGGCACCUACUUGGCAGUUACUUUUGGUUCAUUUUCAGUUUGCCUUUCCUUUUACUUUUCCUUUUUUUUUUUUUUCUCUGAGAUUUCUAGAGAGGAUCUUUGUUCAUAACGUAUUACCACAAGGCUGUUGUGGGGGGAGGGAAGAUCCCAGCCUCCCAAGGGAAAUAUUUUGUUUCUUGGGGGUGGAUUUUUGGAAUAAA